AUGAUCGCGCGUGGACGCCUCGCCCGAAGGUUAAGAAUUACUAACACUGUCGCUGACGGCAUCCGCCCGAGCGUUUUUUGUAAGCGGUCAAGAUUCACCGCGCCAGUAGCAGCGGAAGCUCCGACGCAUUUAAGGCUGCAGAAGGCCGCUGUAACUCGUCCAACUGUGCAAUUACCCAGUUGGCUGUCAGUGACUGAUCCUGCGGCUCCUUCUGAAGAAGUUUGCGACGCUGUUUCUACGGAACUCUCGCCCCGGUUGCGCAACGUCAGGCCGUUUAGCGCCACGCAGCUAGCUCUGUUCAAGGCUCACCCGGUCGUUCAGGCCACACCGUCGCGCAAGAAUGAAGUUGUGAAGCACCUUUGGAGGCUACGAGUUAACGCUGCGUACCGGAAGGCUCAGGACCGAAGGCUCGUCACGUCGGCCGGCGUAGUCCUGCAUAUGCUAAAGCACACCGGUUGCCUGUUCAAUAACAUUUUUACGUCGGACAGAGGACUGGUCGAGUCAAUAUUGGCCGCUGAGGAAUACCGCUCGCGGUACAGCCGCGUGCAACUCGUGAACAGGUCGAUAGUGAAGUACUGUCUUCGAGGCACCACCGCCGCAGUCGAGAGCGCGGACACGCUCGCUGAGGCGAUAGUCCCCAAACCCAGUGUACCGCAUAAACCACGGCUUGUCCUCGCCCUGGACAACGUCCGUUAUCCGCAGAACAUUGGCAGCAUUGUACGGUCGGCGGUUGCUUUCAACGUCGACCUGGUUUUCUACCUGAAAGGGACGGCCGAUCCCUUCGACUGGAAGGUCUCGCAAAUUACGGGCGGGCUGCAGUUCAUGCUCCCGUACGUCAGAGGUGACGCCCGCGAGCUCAAGCGACUUUGCAAAAUCCACAGGCUUACUCCGGUGGUCGCCCAUCUUGAGGGGCAGCAGGUUGACGACCUCGAGAUUAAGCAGGGCCUGUGCAUUAUUCUGUCGAACGAAUCGCACGGUCCUGAUCCAGACAUCCUCAAGUUCGCGAAAAGGUGA